GAUUCGCUGGCUACGGCCGUCACGGCGACCGGCCGCUGCAAAAGGACACCACCAUCUGUUUAGCGGAUCCGAUGAGCAGAAUCCACCAUCUUCUCAGAAACCAAGCGUACACAGACCAGAGAUUAUUUUCGGGUCGGUUAUAUAAAAUAUCUCCUUCUCUCAUUUCAUCUUCUUUCUCCUGGUCAUCUUCUUCUUCGGCGUCGGCGUUUUCGAAGGUCGGAUUUGUGGGAUGGUCCAAUUGUUUUUAGGGAUGGUGAAGUCACGUCCCCAUUUUGACCAAGAGCACAGCUAGCUGGAUUAUUAUUCUCUCAGCCUCAGGUGAAGAAGCCAAUAAUUUGAAUACCAGUCAAAGAACCCAGUUCACAAGGCAUUCUUCUAUUGCAUGUUGGCAUUUUCAGCACUGCACAGCCAGUUGAAACUCACUGCCAAGAAAAGCUGGAAAUGAGGUAGAAAUUAAUGCCUAACUACAAUAUUUUGCAGUAUAGUUGGGAGUCUUGGGACUGCACAUGGCUCCCAAUUAAUCAUGGAGCUAGAAAACAGAGAACUGUUGAUAAAAGGAUGGAUCUGAAUGAGUGUGGGGCUAAAUGCUUAGAGAAUUGCUCUUGUAUGGCCUAUGCAACCUUGGAUAUUAAACAACCUCGUCGCUGUGCAAUCUGGCUUACUGCCCUUUCAGGAAUAGAACGUGGCAGGAUUGAAGAAAGGCAAAAUUAUAAUAUGGAACUCCAAUUAUUUGAGUUAGAUGUAAUAUUGAAGGCCAAUAAUAACUUCUCUUCAAAAAAGAAGCUAGGAGAUGGUAGCUUUGGGCCUAUCUACAAGGGUACUCUACUAGAUAGAAAAGAUAUUGCUGUAAAGAGGCUCUCAGGAAGCUUUGUACAAGGAUUAGUUGAGUUCAAAAAUGAAGUUGCACUUAUAUCCAAACUUCAAUAUUGGAAUCUUGUAAAGCUUCUAUGAUGCUGCAUUCAGGGGAGGAGAAAAUGCUGAUUUACUAAUAUAUGCCCAAUCAAAGUUUGGACUUCUUCACUUUUGGUUUGGAUUCUUGUUAACCGUUCAGUUAACUUCAUAGGCACAGCAUAAAUUCAUCAGAAAUUG